AUGGCUGCCAUUCAACAAAAGGUCCAAGAUGUGGUCAAACACUACCGGCCUGCAAGACAAUUUCCCGGAUCAACGCGACCCGAUGGAACCGAAAGUCGAGUCACAUCCCUAGAUUUCGACGACGCUGGCGACUUCCUGGUUGCGGCCUCGGACGACGAGACGAUGCAGGUGUACGACAUCAAGGAGGGAAAGAGAACAAAGGUGAUACCUAGCAAGAAGUAUGGGAUUCAUCUCGCUCGAUUCACCCAUCAUCCGCGGAAUGUUCUCUUUGCGAGUACAAAACAAGAAGACUCUCUUCGACUGCUCGAACUACACAACGAAAGCUUCGUCCGAUACUUCACGGCGCACACGGCACAAGUCACCUGCAUAGCCUUAUCGCCUGGGAGCGAUCAAUUCCUAUCAUGUGGAAACGACGACAUGGUGUGUCUGUGGGACCUGAACUCAAGAAGCCCCCAGGGCAAAUUGAAAUUGGUCACACCCUACCUUGCUGCCUACGACCCCUCGGCCAACGUCAUGGCUAUAGCGUCUCAAUCGACGUCCUCCAUCCUUAUGUAUGAUGUCAGGAAUUUCGACAAAGCGCCCUUCGAAACAGUAGACAUGGCACAAGCCGAGGAUAGAUACACCCCAACCACGAAAGGCCGGGCCUGGACUAAGCUGGAAUUUUCCAAUGAUGGGAAGAGCAUGCUUCUAGGAACCGACUACCACGGUCACUUCGUGCUAGAUGCCUACGAUGGAUCAGUCAAAUCGUUCUUGGUUGGCAAGACCAGCGGCACAGGACGAGCUGCACCAAUCUCGACUUCAGGAAAACCACUGGGACAAGGGGAUGCAUGCUUUACACAAGAUGGUCGAUAUGUCAUUGGCGGCGCUGGUGAUCAGUCUGAUCUACUUGUCUGGGACACUCAUGCUGCAACUGGUGGUCGGCAAGAGCCUAUCGCCAGACUUGCAAGUCGUGGAAUAAAGAGUGCCGUUGUGCAAUGCAACCCACGCUACAACAUGCUUGCAACUGCUGACACCAAGGUUUGCAUGUGGUUGCCAGGAGACCAGAUCAAAAAUCCAGAUCUUUGA